AUGGACAUCACAGGAUUCGCGCUCAUCACAGGGGCUGCAAGUGGCAUUGGCAGGGCUUGUGCUUCGGCUUUUGUCAAAGAAGGCGCAGGAGGAGUUGCAUUGUUCGACCUCAACGCACGGGCUCUGGAAGAUGUUCAGAAAGACCUCGAGCAAGAAGCAGCAUCUCACCCCGCGAGGCGCUGUCGAAUCCUGGUUCAAGCGGUUGACGUCGUCGAUGAAGAUGCAGUCACGCACGCGGUCAAUGCCACGGCCAAAGAAUUCGGCCGAAUUGACUACGUGGUUAACAGUGCUGGAAUCGCAUUCAAACACGCUGGGGGCUCGGCUGAGGCAGCUUCAUCAGACUGGCAUCGGGUUCUGGACGUUAACCUCAACGGCACAUUUUACGUCUACCGCGCUGCUGCCAAGAUCAUGUUGAGACAGGACCACUUGCAGUCCUCGGUGGACCAACGGCCACUGCAACGUGGCUCAAUCAUCAACAUCGCCUCUAUCUUGGGUGUUGUUGGCGUGCCUUUGUCGACGGCUUAUUGUGCCAGUAAACAUGCCGUCAUUGGCCUGACACGGACAGCCUCGGAAGACUACUCCAGUGAAGGACUUCGAAUCAACGCAGUUUGUCCUGGGUAUAUAGACACGCCCAUAAUCACGCCCGGUGUGGUUGCCCAAGUAGCGCUCGAGAAAACACGGGUCUGGACUCCAAUGCGUCGGUUUGGGACUGCGAACGAGGUCGCUGAUGCUGUGGUAUUCCUAGCUGGUGGUAGGAGCUCCUACGUGACAGGUACAGCGUUGAUGGUCGACGGGGGUUAUACCUCACGUUAA